AUGCAGCAGCUCUCAUGCCUGCGGCCAAGGCUGCAGACAGUGUCGGUGCCGCGACGAUGCAGCGCCGGGCUCCAGCCGCUGCGCCUGGCAAACCGCGCUCACCUCAACAGGCUGCGCACCGCGGCGGCGGACGGAGCUGAGUCGGUGGCGGCGCCUCAGGAGGAGGUUGACAUUGAGGAUGAGGUGGAGGCAUUCAUGAAGCGGCAGGCCGAGCUUGAGAGCGGCGAGGCGUUCGCACGCACGCGCGACCCCGAAAAGAUCAUCGGCGCUGAUCUGGUGUCGGAGGAGGUGGGCUUGCCUGCGCUGCGUGCGCUGCGCACGCUGUGGUGA